AUGACGACAUCCUUUCCAAACACUUCCAUGUCUCCCACUUUUUCCACACUAAACAAGGCUUGUCUUUCAUGUCGACUCUCUCACAAAGCAUGUGAUAGACAGAGACCUUGCUCCCGAUGUGUACGUCGUGGAUGCCCACAGCAAUGUUGUGAUACUCCAGAGAGAAAAAGAGGUCGUCCACGCAAAUGGACCUCUGAAAAGAACCAAGAGGAAGAGUUGGGUUCGAAUGAUGCCAUUACAACCACCACUACCACUACCACUGCUUCACCUUCAUUGCACAUUGAACUAGAUAACUCUUUGACAGGCACUAAUAGUGGCCACAAUACCUUCUGUUGUUCGUCCUCCUCCUCAAUCAUGAAUGAGUUUGCUUCAGCUCCAGCUUCUGUUUCUUCCAGCACAACCACUCUUCCUUCAUGUGUCCUUUCAAAACCUCACAACCAUGUGGCCAUUAAAAAGAAGAAUCAUGAAACGGGACUUGUACGAAAACGAAAGAAUAUCAAGAUCAUGAAUUAUAAUCCAAACCAUAAGGAAAGCAUGAGUGCCAAGUUUUGUGUGUUAAACAGUCCAUCGUGUGAAAAAAAGAACAAGCAGCACAACACUCGCACAUGUGCGUCGACCACCUCAUCGAUGGUCAAGAGGCUUCUUGAACAAGACAAGUUGUUAGUACCUCUCUCUGCAAUGCAUCCCCUCUCAAUUAAAGAGAACAACCGUAAUUCUGGUUUUUCUGAAACCAGGGAACAACCAGUUAGAAAGGAAGGACAAGGCACACAAACUGUUAGUACUGGAUGCAACAACAACCAACCGUACACGUCACUUCCAUCAUACGUUUCACACUACUGCAACUAUUACCACUUUGACAUGACCACUUGCUAUUCUUCAUCGGUUGUUCCUUUCCACCAACAACAAUCUCCACAUUUGAAACACACAGCACAGACUCAUGGCCCACAGAACCCAAAACUUCCACUCACUGCUCCUCACCCUAACCAAAGUCCGUUGAUCUCUUUCAAUUCUCCACAAGAAGCAUUUGCGUCUAAUUCUUCUUCUCUGGUUGACAUAAACCGUUCUCAUGGAAUUAGCAGUGAUUGCAUGAUUCCACCGAUUCCUACUUUUCAUCACCACCACCGUAUUGGCGGCUUGACGAGCGUAACGCCUCAUCCCUCAACACAUCAAUACUUGAAUGUGAAUUGGAAUUCUCAAACAAACUCUGCUCACUCUCCAAAAACAGAAUCAAGUGAUCCCCAUCAACAACAACAGUCCCCACCACAAAGCGUUACUCUCCCUUCUAUCAAAACUUUACUCUCAUUUGUCACCUUGGAUCAAUAA